CAUGGCAGAUGUUCUGGACUGAGAACUUUCCCCACAAAAUGAUACCCGUGGGAGACAUUUCGAUUGAGAGGCUGCACAGAAUCGCCCUGCAUCUGGGAGACUAAAAGACAACCCACAGGAAGGUGCUUGGUCCCAGAGCUCCCCAGAGGGGAGUCAGGAUGCCCACAAGAGACCCUUUGGAGCCGCUAGCUGCCUCUACCUCCUGACCCCUCCUGAACCCCCAAAGUCUCCCUCUCGGCUCCCCCCCUUCGCCAUCCUUGUAGUGGCUCUUGCUGCAGCCCUCCCUGGUUGCUUUAUUUAUUUAUUUUGCACCAACAGGGUUGCUGCAGACUCAUUCUCGCCUGGUUUAAAAAGAGAGAGAGGAAAAAAAAAAGGAGAAAUGCUUUCUGGCUCUUUUCUCUACCUCAGUCUUGGCAGCAGCAGCCACAGCAGCAACAGCAGUCACAGUGGGCAGGCGGGAGGGCAGCAGGCAGCGGGCAGGCAGCAAGGAGGGAGACUCACCCACCAGGAGGUAGAGCUCCCCCGGUGCAGCUUGAAUAGGAAGGCCCCCAGCCCCGGACAGAUGCAGUGUCCAACUUGAUGCCCCCCCAAGCUUCUCCGGUAAGUGACCCUGCCUCCUGUCCCGAAGCUGCAGCUGCCCUUCUCGGUAACAUUCUCAGAGACAAGGCCAGACUAGCAGGCUAGAGGGUUUGUGCCCCUCCUUUCCCUCUUGCCAGACCUCCCCACCGCCCCAUGCCCCUUCCCUCCUGCCAGCCCCACUGUCCCCAGCUAGCCUUUGAUCCCGGCCCUGAUCCUGGCCUCACUGGACUUUGAUGGGAAAACUAAAAGGUCCCAGAGGCCCCUGGGGGGAAGGACUCUAAGGAGACCUCCCUCCAGCUCCCCAGUGCUUCCUCUACCUCUGGGAAGGGUUCUCUACAAUCAGUGUGGAAAUUCCAGAAAUCUUUCCCCCAAGAGCCUCCUCCCCGUGCAGGUCCCUGUGCCUAUCAGGUCUGCCUUAGAGGGGAUAUCCAGGUUCAGAUGUAUCUCUGGACUGCCAGACAGGGACAAGAAGAAGAAAGUUUCCUGUUCCUUAAAGGGAUAAUGCCCCAGACCCCACCUCAUUUAAAGAAAGAAGUGGCUCUGACACCCAUUUCUUCCUGCAAAGUGGCUGGAAGCCAGUCCUGUAGCCAUGGAGACUGGCAAGGGAAGUUUGUGAUUAAAUUAGCCACCUUAUAAAUAAAGAAAAGGGGUUGUCCCCAGAUCCCCCAGCCCCUGGCCCAGCAGGCUUUCAGGACUAAGAAGAAACCCACAGGAGUGGGAGGCAGGGAAGCUGGGUUACAUGCUUCACUGCACUUUUGCUGAAUGCAGAGCAAAAAGGAUGAGCAGGAACUGCAGCGGGAAUGAUAAAGAGCUAGCUGUCAGAUGGACUUCCCAGAACAGGCACAGGGAGGAUGAGGGAGACUGGGACACAUCUGUCCCUGGAGAACUCUCAGCAUGCCAGAGAUACCUGCUAGGCUGGGCUGGGGACCAGAGGAGCCUGGUCUGCAGCCUCUGCCUGCCCCGGGCCAUCCUCUCUCAUCCCAAGCCUUGGGAUGGUGUCCUACAUCGCUCUGCCUCUUUGAUCUCCAAUUUCCAACUACUACAGCAGGAGAGCCACCAGAACUGCCCUUCUGAAGGAGGGUUGCAGAGGCUAGUUCCAAUCAGGAUCCAAGGUUGUGAUCCUCCUGGAUGGGAACAAGUCAGACCAUGUCUUAAACUGCCUCUCCUAAGUUCCACAUGGGAGAAAAUGGGGCAUGUGGGAGAGGGCUGACCCUUUAGGGCCCAGGCAGCCUGAAGCUCCAAAGCCAUCUGGAUCUGCAGCUACAAAGACAGCCAGGCAUCCUGCUUCCCAGGGAGCAUCACUUGUCUCUGGUUCCAUCCCUUUAGCCCUCCCUUGCCAAUUCCAGGACCUCCCCUCCCUUGUGCAAUGCCUGUUGACACCAACCCAGGAGACUUGAGGGUAAAUUCACCACCCACGAGGCCCGUCUCUAUAACCUCCACCAGUGCCCGUGGCCGUUCUGCUCACCAUCGUCCUGAUUCUGCCCAGGCCCACGGUGCCCAGAAACCCACUUGCAGUCUACGGGCCAUGCACAUGGCCUCCCAGCCUUCCCACAUGCAGCAUGUGGAAGGUGUGGUCUCCCCCUUGCCUGUGUCUCCUUGGGUCACAAAGUCUGGCUCUAGAGUAUCACUCAGGCAGCUGGAUCCCAAAGGGACACGACGGCCCUCAGAUUCACACCUUGGACUAAAUCAAAAUACCAUCAAGUAGGGAGAGAAGAGAAGCCUGAGACUGAGGACUGAGCAACAAAACUCGAAAUGUGGGCAUCCCCUGGGUCCCUUGCACAGCCCAAUGUCAUCUACAGGCGCUGCCCUGAGGGUUCUUGUGAGGGAUUCAAGUGCCCCCUGCAGCCCAUGCCAGAGCUAAGGUGCCACUGGGCUUUUGUCCAUGCAGGCAUUUCGGGGAGAUUGGAUCCUACUAAUUCAGGGCACCAGGCCCUGGGCUAGGCUGCAGGACGGCAGAGGGACAGUGAGUGGAGCCUGGGAGAGCAGAGCCAAAUGUGUUUGGAGGACUUAAUCAAGGUGAGGACCUAGCUCCAAUCUGAAUCCAGGGAUGUGGUUCCCCCUGAGCCUUAGACAAAGCUGUAGGUAGAUGGCACAGGAGGAACAAGGGUCGGCAUGGGGGUGGAUGGCCAACCUUGGGGAGAACAAGUAUCAGGGAGAAGGAGGGACUUGAGGUAUUCUUGGAUCUGCAGAUACAGGAAAAACCCAUCCCAGGGAGACUCCAGGUUACUUCCUUGCUUCCUGUCCCAUUCACAUCAAGCUUUCCUCACUGAGGUCAGGCUUAACUAGGGCUCCCUGAGCCAGGAAGUCCUUGGCCUAUGACCCAGGCCUGGGAGCAGGAGGAAAGUAGCGGUUCCCCAGAGAGGAGGCCAAGGAGGCCCCUGAGAAGGUGGCCCACCAGAACUGCUCCUGGAUGGGAACAUCUGCUCCUGGGUCUGCACCCCACGUGCCAGCAAUGCUGAGACAGAUAGCUCAGUCUCUCGUUUCUCUGAGGAGGUCCAGGGAAGUCCAGGGUCACCAGCCUCUGAAGUCACUUUCCAAAAAGGACCAUGUCAUCAUCUGUUCCAGGAUUGAAGAGGGGAUAGCUAUGGCCACAGCUCCAAAGAGAGCCCCGGCCCCAUGGCUCCCUCUCCUGUUCCUGUUCCUCCUGCCUGGAGGGAGCUGUGGCGGGUGCCCUGCCGUCUGUGACUGUACCUCCCAGCCCCGGGCAGUGCUCUGUGCCCAUCGGCGACUGGAGACUGUGCCUGGGGGACUCCCACUGGACACUGAGCUCCUGGACCUGAGUGGGAAUCACCUGUGGGGGCUUCAGCAGGGGAUGCUCUCCCGCCUGGGCCUGCUCAAGGAGCUGGACCUCAGCUACAACCAGCUCUCCAUCCUUGAGCCUGGAGCCUUCCACGGCCUCCAAAGCCUCCUCACCCUGAGGCUGCAGGGCAAUCGACUGCGAAUCAUGGGGCCUGGGGUCUUCUCAGGCCUCUCUGCCCUCAAGCUGCUGGACCUCCGCCUCAACCAGAUUGUCCUGUUCCUUGACAGAGCCUUUGGGGAGCUGGGCAGCCUCCAGCAGCUGGAGGUGGGAGAUAACCACCUGGUGUUCGUGGCCCCAGGGGCCUUUGCAGGGCUGGCCAAGCUGAGUGCCCUCACACUGGAGCGCUGCAACCUCAGCACAGUGCCCGGCCUGGCCCUUGCCCGCCUCCCAGCGCUGCUGACCCUAAGGCUUCGAGAACUAGAUAUCGGGAGGCUGCCAGCCGGGGCACUCCGGGGGCUGGGGCAGCUAAAGGAGCUGGAGAUCCACCACUGGCCAUGCCUGGAGGCCCUGGAGCCUGGGAGCCUGCUGGGGCUCAAUCUCAGCAGCCUGGCCAUCACCCGCUGCAAUCUGAGCGCCGUGCCCUUCCAAGCGCUCCACCAUCUGAGCUUCCUCCGGGUCCUGGAUCUGUCUCAGAACCCCAUCUCGGCCAUUCCGGCCCGAAGGCUCAGUGCUCUGGUGCGGCUCCAGGAGCUCCGACUGUCAGGGGCAUGCCUCACCUCCAUCGCGGCCCACGCCUUCCACGGCUUGACCGCUUUCCAUCUCCUGGACGUGGCAGACAAUGCCCUGCAGACGCUGGAGGAAACAGCCUUCCCUUCUCCAGACAAACUAGUCACCCUGAGGCUGUCUGGCAACCCCCUGACCUGUGACUGCCGACUCCUCUGGCUGCUCCGGCUCCGCCGCCGCCUGGACUUUGGCACGUCGCCCCCUGCCUGUGCCGGCCCCCGGCACGUCCAGGGCAAGAGCCUGCAGGACUUCUCAGACAUCCUACCUCCAGGGCACUUCACCUGCCAACCAGCCCUGAUCCGAAAGUCCGGGCCGCGAUGGGUCAUUGCAGAGGAGGGGGGGCAUGCUGUUUUUUCCUGCUCUGGAGACGGAGACCCAGCCCCCACUGUCUCCUGGAUGAGGCCUCAGGGGGCUUGGCUGGGAAGGGCUGGGAGAGUGAGGGUCCUAGAGGAUGGGACGCUGGAGAUCCGCUCAGUGCAGCUACAGGACAGAGGGGCCUACGUCUGCAUGGUCAGCAAUGUCGCUGGGAAUGACUCCCUGAGGACCUGGCUGGAAGUAAUCCAGGUUGAUCCACCAAAUGGCACUCUCUCUGGCUCCAACAUCACCAUGCCAGGGAUCCCGGGGCCCUUCUUCCUGGAUAGCAGAGGGGUAGCUAUGGUGCUAGCAGUUGGCUUCCUUCCUUUCCUCACUUCAGUGACCCUCUGCUUUGGCCUCAUUGCCCUCUGGAGCAAGGGCAAAGGCCGGGUCAAACAUCACAUGACCUUUGACUUUGUGGCACCUCGGCCCUCUGGGGAUAAGAACUCUGGGGGUAACCGGGUCACUGCCAAGCUCUUCUGACUUUUCCUUCCACAUUGGAAUUCCAGCCAAGCCAGCUUCAGGUACCAAAAGGGAAGAAACUCAAGGCUGAUUGGACCAGAACCUAAUCCCACAUCGUGCCAGCAGCUAAUGACGCCUCCUGCGAGUCUGCCUCCCCCUGCUUUUGCAGUUUGAGGGUCCCAGGGAGAAGAUGUAGACCUGUAGUCAGCUCAGCCCUCCCCACCCCCCACGAAGCAGGAAACAUUCUCAAGGCUCCAGUCUACUUGUUGGCACACGCUUACAAUCACCACCAAUUGCCAACCACAGCUAUAAAAUUAUUGCAGAGGUGAGGCUGCAAAGUGUUGCUUGCUUCUCAGAGUUUCUACUCCUCAACCAGGCAGGCUUCCCUCUUUUUUCUGCUCUGUCCUCUCCCCAGGCACAAGGAACUAGGGCCAAGGACCUCAGGCAAAGAAGAUGUGAGUGUGCCAUGGGGGUGGUGGUGCAGACUACACAUCAGUGCUGUGUCUGCAUGAGCCUCCAACCCGUUCCAUCUGUCUCAUCAUUAAACUUGCUGCCAAAUGGCCACAACAGUAGCAGCCUAAACUAAGUGUGAUAUCCGGAAUUUUAUUUCACUUUCUCCCCCUUCACUGUUAGUAGAUCUCUCCCUUCCCACCUGCCCACUGAACACAUAUCCCAAUGGGCUUGCCUAACAUACAGGCUUGACACAGAAGGCCCGCCAGAGAUGUUCUGGAGAGACUCCCACUCUGUUUCAAUUUCAGCCUUUUCCCUGUCCUCUGCAUCUCUGCAGCUGGAGGAGAGGUCCUCCACCUUCCAAGGGAUCCCUCUGCAGAAAUCCCUUUGUAGGACACCCAGCUCCUUCCUUCUUUCCCGUUCUUGUUGGGAUCUCCCAAUCACAAAUCUCUGGUGCUUGGAGGAAGAGUACAAAGAGGGCUCCUAGAAAAUGCCUAACAAAGGCAAGAAGCUGCAGUUGUCCUAAGAGAGAGUCCCAGAACCCAGCAGGCCCCGGGGCUUAGAGAAAACAGGCAGGAGUGGCACCACGCACCAUAGUGAAAAGCAGAGGAAGAGGCAGCAGCAGGAUCUGGCUUUCAGCAGGUGCCCUUUGUUGUCUGUUUAGUGCAGCCCAAGGGGGACGCUGACUCCAGAGAGAGGUCACUGCCUGCCAGAGACCCCAGGUACAGAGGCGUGAUGGGAGAAGAUGCUGACUGCCUCCGAGUGUGCUUCAAAUAGAAGUCAAGGCAGAGCCAGGGAUUGGAGAGGCAGCAGCCUCAGCAUCGUCAGAAGGGGAGGAGUGAAAAGAGAGGAGGGGCAGGGAGGAGGGACUGAGAAGCAGGGAGUCAUAUGGCCCUGGGGAGCCUCUCUCUCUGCAGCAGCAUCUGCUCAGUGUCCUUAGCUCCCCUCCACGCUCAAGAGCCCCCAACCACCCUUCAGUAUGCAAGCAUCAUGAGCUUCCUAGCGAUUCCUGCUGCUCUGUCCUUGCUUCGAGGAGACUCCACUCAUUAGAAGAUUCCCCAGCGCAAGCUGUCCCUGACCAGGGAGGAGCAGGUGCCCUCCAGCAGGCAGCCAGACUUGAUCCGAAGGCAAGCUCUUCAGUGAGGCCCGGGGAAGAGAUGGGGGUGGGGCCAGAGAUGAGAACCCCACAGAUUGGAGAGUCCAACAAUCUUGAGAAAACGAUAUCCCUGAGCCUCCGACCCUGCCCUCACCUCCCCACACACAAUUCUCUUACAUCCUGGCGACCUCCCCUCUCCUUACAGGCACCCAGAAAGGUUUCCCUGGCACAGCCCUCUCCUCUCCAAAAUCUUCCGGCCACAGCUUUCUAGGUGGGGAGUGGGGGUCCAGUACUGGAGGUUCCUACUCUGUGGUAGCCCCCACCCACUCUGUGGUGCAGUGAAGGGCAGAAGCAGCACUGCUGUGUGGACAGAUCUCUGGGAAGCCCCCUGAGGCGGUGGGGAACAGAUGAUGCGCCCAGAGCAGAAGGUGCAGCUGCCCUGGUCCCAAAGUCUCCAGGGCAGCGCUGCCCAAUAGAAAUAGAAUGUGAGUCACUCCCGUCGUUUCAAAUAUUCUAGUAUUACAUUCAAAAAGCAAAAAACCCAGAUACGAUUACAUUUUGACACUAUAUUUUAUUUAACCCAGGGUACCCAAAGUAUCAUUUCAGCAUGUUAUCAACACAAAAAUUAGUAAUGAAAUAGUUUACAUUACUUUUUCAUAUUAGGUAUUUGAAAUCCAGUGUGUAUUUUACACGUAGAGCACAUCUCAAUUCAAUCACUGAAUUUUCACCAGAAAGAUCUGAGCUGUUCUUAGGCUCGAUAAAAUUCAUUGUUAAACGCGUAUUUUCACACAUCCAAGUUGUCCCAAACAUAUGAAAAGUUUUCCAAUAACUAGAUCAAGUGUCAGUUUUAACAUUUAAACUAACUUAAUUAGGGCAGCCCCGGUGGCUCAGCAGUUUAGCGCCGCCUUCAGCCCAGGGCGUGAUCCUGGAGACCAUGGAUGGGGAUCGAGUCCCACAUGGGGCUCCCUGUGUGGAGCCUGUUUCU